UCGCAUUUCAGUAACAUUACUUUCUUUUUUUACAGAACUGCUACGAGAUGGAUCGCUACCUGAAGGACGAGCCUCGGGUAAAAGGAGGACGAAAGCUUGGUAGCUGCGAUAUCGACGCUUUCUACGAAGAGUUUUCUCACGACUCUCAAGCACAACCGGUGCGCUUCUACACCAAACUGGGUCGGCCCGUCAAGGGUGGCCGCAGCUCUCGCUUUCUGGUGAAGGUCAAACCUGAAAUCCUUAGCGCAGAAUUCAACAUCAAGCGGGAACAUUAUGACCGCGACACCUGCGAGAAGACAGACCACAUCAACGCCGAUGUAGUUGUCAAAGACGAACCAUUAGAGGACCUCGAUGACCCACUGAGUCAAGAUGACCUGUGUGGCUCAGAGCGAUCGCUCGACUCCGUGUCUGUGUCCUCUUCUUCCUCAGCCUCCUCCCUCGCCUCCUUGGAAGGUGACCUCGAUGCCCCCAGCAGUGUGGGUGCCCAGAGCCCCACUCGCGGUCGGUCACUAGUCUCCUGGGCGUCAUCAGAAGAUAUGGCGACGGACGCGCGACUUGAAUCCGGUGCGCGACGCUCGUCAAGCACGUCGUUCUUCGGUGCGGCGAAGCUCCUAGCUGCCAAGUCAGCCCCCAACAUAGCCACCUUGACGCCACCCUCCUCCCCGGAGACGUCGCCAACCGCCCACACACCUACGCUCCUAAAGGUUCAUGCCCGCUCACAAGUGCCAAAGUAUAUCUCCUUCACCACCUCCUUGCCCCUCAAGACCAGUAACAACAACAACAGCAGUAAUCUAACACUGGGCGUUCGAGGCAUGGUGGGCGUCCACCCGCGGGCGGCAGACACUUCCCCAGACGCCAAACGCAGGGUGCAUAAAUGUCUCUUCCCUGGCUGUAAGAAAGUCUAUACCAAGUCCUCGCACCUCAAGGCCCAUCAGCGCACACACACCGGUGAGAAGCCUUACCGGUGUUCGUGGGAAGGCUGUGAGUGGAGGUUCGCUCGAUCCGACGAACUCACCCGCCACUUCAGGAAACACACGGGUGCCAAGCCCUUCAAGUGCACCCACUGUGGGCGCUGCUUCUCCCGCUCCGAUCACCUGGCACUCCACAUGAAGAGGCACCAGUUGAGGUCGGCCAAAGUCUCCUGACCUUGACCUUUAACUGCAACACUCACGAUAUCCCAGCACAGCAAGACCAGCACAAGAAGCACCAGUCUUUACCUCCCCCGACGUCAGCGUCACCGCAUUGCCUUCCCCCGGGCUGGCAUUGAGCUUGUCUCCUUUCUGACCUCGGAACAACAGUGACCCCAACGUGACCUUUCUUUACUCUAGCUGAGUGACAUGUGAGGGAAGAUAACUAGGUUUGAGCGAGGGCCGCGCUCUGGACCCAACGAAGAGUGGACGCGUCAUGGGUUGCUGGUGCCGUGAAAUCCAGAUUUUGAAAACUAUAAAUUGCUAUUUCUGAACUGAAGUUGUAUGAUCUGGAGUUUUGUCAGCGGAGGAUGGAAUCUGUGGCCAUUAUGUCCAGAAGGUGCAGAGGGAGGGAAUGUUUAUUACAUACAGAAAUUGACUGAUCAAAGAAAAUAUGGGCAUGGUUUGUCCCCAGAAACUCGUGUUAUUUUGUGUACAGUGUAGGUGGUAAGAUGGCCGCCGACGAUUGUGUGGUGGUAUAGUGUAGUGGAGAAAGAUAACUAAACGUUUACGUAUGUGAGUGGUUGCCUUCAAACAUACCAGUGAUCAUUUUCUUUGUACUGCAAGACUUUCAACAUUCUCUGAAAGUCACUUCAAUUCCUCGGAUACAAAACUAUAAAAUUCAAGUAAAGAAAAUGAUCCUCUUGUUGUCUUCUCUUUUUAUAUUUGAAUUUCAGGACAGAAAGUAACCACGAUUUAAGUUUAAAAAUGCUAGAUUUUAUCUUGAAAUGUACAAAACGUCUCGAUGUAUCGGUAAGGAUGCAUACCGUGUACUGUUGUAAUACUGGUGUCUAGCGCUGUACAUACAACAUUAAUGUAAGGAUUCUGUACCACUGCCAUGCUACUUGAGGCAAGGAAAAUAUCAAGUGUGUGAUUGUGGUAACUCCUCACUGUCUGAGUCUACCGCCCGUCACAUCAAAAAUAUUCUUAUUCAGUUUGUGUUCAAAUCGACAUAAAACACUAAUAUUUGUCUAAGCGAUGCAGGGAGGGUGUUUGCGGCGCUGAGGGCAAGGAGUGAGACGGCGCGAGGCAUCAAAGCCCCUUAUAGAACUAUCUUCUUGACUUGGGUCUCGGAAGAGCGUGCAAGACGCUGCUCCGAGUAGUGGGUCAGGAGUAAUUCCAUUUGGGCUGUGGUGUUCCUGCGCCAGUCCUGCACCAGAUGACGCCCGAGGCCCCGGCAAGGUGACGCCCUCCUUGCCAUCACUGACUGGUGUGGCGCCGGCUGGACUCAUACACACAACACUGUUUUCUAGAUAUCAUUCACAGUCCUCAAGAGCUCGCUGGUGAUAUGCAUUCAGAACAAUAUUGUUUGUAACAGUGACAAAGGAACGUAUUAUUUUUUAGAUGUGAGAGAUACAAGUCCCUUAGAGCUCUCUCCCUCUCUUGUCACAUCUCUUCUCGCGCCGAUAACAAUUCGUGUCUCAAAAAUUUACGGUCAGUAAUUAAAAAUGUACAUCGUUGAUGGAAAAUUCGUAAAAA